UUCCGGUUCUUACUCGCGCAAAGCAUCACUGCAACUUUCUCCAUCGUCCCAAGGUUGCAUAGCUAGGAGGAUUGAAUGAGUUUUCGUGCCCUCAGAAUCAUGAAAAUUGCCGCAGUAGUUACAUUUGUCAUUUGUGCGUUGGUUUUCCUCCUUUUACCGGACGAUUCGCAAGCUGGGAAGACGAAGAAAGGUCCAUUAGUCACGCAAAAGGUUUAUUUUGACAUCACACAUGGCGAUGAAAAGUUGGGGAGAAUUGUGAUUGGUCUUUUUGGGAAAACUGUGCCAAAAACCACCAAGAAUUUUGCAGUUUUAGCAUCUGGAGAGAAAGGAUUUGGCUACAAAGGAAGUAAAUUUCAUAGGAUAAUUAAAGAUUUUAUGAUUCAAGGGGGAGACUUCACAAGAGGAGAUGGGACUGGAGGCAAAAGCAUCUAUGGUGAAAGUUUUGAUGACGAGAACUUUAAGCUGAAGCACUAUGGUCCAGGCUGGCUGAGUAUGGCUAAUGCUGGUAAAGAUACCAAUGGCUCUCAGUUCUUCAUCACAACUGUAAAAACUAGCUGGUUAGAUGGCAAACAUGUUGUGUUUGGUAAAGUUAUUGAAGGAAUGGAUGUAGUACGCAAAGCAGAAAAUGUAGAAGUGGACGGAAGUACUCCAAAGAAAGAAGUGAAGAUCGCAGACUGCGGUAUAAUUGAUGUCGAUAAGCCCUUCAACGUGGAAAAGGAAGAUCAAUAAUCACUGUUACUUAAGUGUGUUUUGUAAUGCGCCGGGGUUUGUAUUAAAAUAGAGUUGUGAAUUUGA